ACCGAUUGUGCCCUACUCCCACUUCCCCUCUUCUCUUUGUACUUCACACGAUACCUCUUGCUUCUCCCGCUGCAUCUCCGAUCUGCAACCAGUCGGCCAAUGCCUCCGCCAUCACCGCUGGCAGCAAAUCUCUCAAGCUCCUCCAAAGUCGUCGAUGCAGCAUACCUUCUCCCUCCCACAGUCGGUCCGACCUGGAACCCACCGCCCCAAAUAAAAUCGCUCCCUUGUCUCUCUCUGUGAACGGCGACCGGUAUCACCUCGCUCUCUUGCCGUCGCCACCACUUUCGAAGUCGCUGCUGUGCUGGUGGACCUUACCAUUGGAUCCGAUUUCAGUUUAGGAGAAGCUCUUAUAGCUGAAUGCCAUUAGGACUCUUGGUUUACCUCUUGAGACUUGAGAGUAGGCCAAUGUCUUUAUAAAUGUCUCUUCUGGCUUCCUGAUUUACAUCUUUGAGAGCCAUUAACCUGAGGUGCUAAAUAGUCAUUGGUUUUUCUUUGCAUUCUGCUUAAAACAAACUGUGAUCAUUCAAUAAUGCGGACACAUGGUGCCUGCCUCAAAUGUUCAACAAUAUGGAUGGUCUUCUGCUGCUCCCUUUACUUCUAAGAGAAAAAGGAUAACUAUUGAAGAUCAGAGGGCGUUGUUGGAAUCCUUUGUCAACAAAAAGUAGUAAUGAAGGUUGAAGUACACGGUGAUAAACAGAAAAGGAAGGCUUUAGGGAUCGAGUCGUUAGCUAUGGACAUGAAAGAAAAGAAAUCGUGUCGUUGAUAAAGACAUAUGACUUUUUAAUGAUGUUAAUGUCCUAGAUCUCGAGAAAAUGAUUAAUGAUUUGGAAUGUUGCUGAGACUACUUAAGUGUCUUCAGUUACUGAGCAUGUUAAGUGACCCGGAAUUUGAUUUGGACAUCAAAGAGGAUGUGGGAGAAGAGUGCUCCGACGAUGCAAGGGUGAAGCAUAUUUAUGUUGACAAGGAAAGUGCUGGCUAUGUGUAUCUACGAUUUGAGAGUGUGGAGGCAGCCUCACGAGCUCAACAGGCAAUGCAUAAAAGAUGGUUUGCCUGCAGAUUGAUUUCAGCCAUUUUCUUGGGGCUAAUUAUUAGAUCCUCAGGGGCAGGACAUACAUUUACUAAAGCUAUUUCAUCUUUUAACUAGGUAACGUUUUAUUUCUACCCAAACUACCCUCCGAUUAAGCCUUCUAAAUUAGUGGUUUUGUAGAAACCUGUUAUUCUUGCUCUUUCCAACCCAAGAUCAUAAUCUGAAUGUACUGUUGAACAAGCUUAUAACUGGAGUGAGGUUUGACUUUUAUACUACCAAAUUUGACCCAAAGUUUAUACCCUUAAUAAUCAUAUAACUCUUGUUUUGUUUAUUUUUAUUUGCAAAUGGGAGUCUUAAUAAUCCGGACAGGGCUUUGAUCUUUUUCCAGAAGCGGAUCCAGUUGAGGAGAAUGGUCCCAUUCCCAUUUUCUUGGCAUGUGAUUCAUCUUAAAUCUUGUUUUGCAGGCUAGUUAUUUGGGAUACAGGUACAAGUUAGCUACAAUUAGUUUCUUGGUUUAUUUAGU